AUGGAAGAAUCUCCAAGAGAGCGUGCGAUUUCCUCAGAGCCUUGCUCAGGUCGUCCAAACCCCUUUGACGACAUCACGGAACACUCCGCCCGCAAACGCCAGAGAGUUUCCCUUGGAGGUUCAUCACGGAGCAGGUCCGUGGAUACAGUUCAGGACGCAGAUAUCCCCCCAGAUUCUAUGUCACUGCCCGGCGACAGCGAAAUCGAAAUCGACAAGGCUGAAGCCUCAACCCAAUCCGAGCCUCCUUCCACACCUCCCAACAACGCCGCAGACUCCUUGCCUGCAGAGCCAACAUCAAGUAGAGUUACCAUAAACCUCCGAACAAACCGAUCCAUUGAGUCAAUACCCUCAUCUCCUACCUCUCCAGCAAGCCCUUCGAAGAUGCCAGACGGUGGAGGUCAGGAUACGGCUAGGGUCAGCGUGGAGUCGGAGAGCGAUGCCUUGUCGACGAUUCCAGCAAUUGAGACUCCUUCUUCCACUCCCUCUGCGGUGUCAAGUCCACAGGUUGAGCUAGUGAACAUGGAUGAUGACGAUUCAGACUUUGCCAAUCAGGAACCUCAACUGGCUAUCAUGGACGAUCAUUACAUUGAUGUGAUGUAUAACUUCCCAUAUAGAGGCAGGGAAGAGACGGCGCUUGCGGCUUCGCAACGAGUUGCUAGCUUUCUACAACAAGGCAUGCAGAGCAAAUCGACGUCUCAUAUCUUACUAACUUCUGUAGACGAUGUUCCUACCCCCGACUGCUUCUUCAAAUUACGGGACUGGAUGAACCUGUACCUAGCUUCCGCUACUAACGUAGAUACCUUCUAUGAAUGGUUCCUCAGGGAUCGCGAAUUCUGGAGCAAGUUCCCGGACUUCAUCUGGGGUUUGAGCCAACGCAGCAAAUUCUUCGGUCCAUUUCUCCGAACUAACACAGAAUCACGUCAAGCUCUGUCAGACGUAUUCACUUUCUUUGCCCGCCUGGCUGGUCGAUUUGUUGCUAUGGACGUACAUGCACUUACUCGUCCAACCAAUGGCAGCAAGUCAGAGCCUGAACUCGGAAGUCGCCCUCUCCUUGCUGCCCUUAGCCACUUGAUUCGGGACGACGAAUCGGCUCACAUAGGCAAGAACCUACAAAUUCAUUACAAUUGGGCUUGGAGUGAUGAUUGCCAAAUCAUGAUGGAGGGCUUCCAACGAGAAGGUGGAAAACUUUCGAAUAUGAUAUCCCUCACACGAAGUUCUUUGGUACUGAUGUCCGCAAACCCAAAGAUAAUCGACUCUUUCGCCGACAACUCGCGGGUUGUCCUGAAGAUAGUAGUAGAAGCCUUCUCUAUUCUGGAGGACCGUACUGCACACCGAGAGCAAGAGGUCCGCAGCGCCAUUCAUAAGCUGAGAAGCGGAUACGACUUCUUCGUCCUCAUGUCAAGCGGUCUUGAUACCAUCAUUGAGAAGCAUGUGACCCACUUGAGUGGAGAAAGUGCAACGAAUCAACUGGGCGCUCUCCGAGACCUCUUUGCCGCUGCCAUUCAAUUUCGAAUAGAGCCAAUUCGCGAACUUCUGAUUGAAAAGCAGAACGAGCACAAAGACCUGCAUCAUGACUUGUUGCCGGAAGUCAUUUCGAUCGGUUGGAGGUUUCGAGUUUUGAAGAAGCUUAUCACUUCAUCACAGAUGCAGUUACGGGUGACAGGAGUUGCCACGAUGUGUAGUGACCUGCUCGCUUUGCAUGCGGCUCACAAGAAAUACGAUCCCUCCCGGCAACCCAUCCUCUUGAUAUUCGCUAAAUUCAUCCUCGACAAUCAGCUUGUCGACUACCUAGUUGGUAUCGGGUCUCACCCUGAGAUCAUCAGCGAAAGCUAUAACAUCCUGGGGUUUUUAAUUGUCACGAAGACAUACGAACAUAAGCAGACCGACAUGAUCUGGCAAACAGUCGUGAACAGUCAAGACCCGAGAGUCGUGGAUGCCAUUCUGUUCAUGCUCAAGAAAUGCCUGAGCCUUUACGACUAUGAGACCCUUCUAUACCUCUGUAAGAAGCUCAUGGGCGUCCCAAUCGAGUCAUUCACGGGUGCCAUGCGUGACUUUUGCGCGAACCUAAUCAAAGACUUAUCAGCGAAGGUUCACCACGAAAACAUCAGGCCUCUAGACCAGCCACCUUACGAUUUGUGCGUUCGACUCAUCCGCGAGUCGUCUGUUGUCACUGCAGCAUCCCCCGCAGGAUAUCCAGAUAUUCAAAACUUUGCAAGUAUUAGAUUUCGAGAUAUCUUGGCUCUCGGCCCAGGUUCAGAGGCUCGUACUGCCAUUCAUCUCAGUUGCAUCACUGAUAUCGCGGCGAAAACAGCUACGGCUCCAGGCAGUAUUUGUGUCAUCAACAUCCUACUCAAAGCACAUCUGGGUAGCGACCUCAAAAAGCUGACAAACGAGUAUGGCUUAACGGGUUUGCUGAUUGAAGAGUUGGAAUCGGUUGUUGAGGCUGAGCGUAUAUCUGGUGAUGUUCCAACACGGAGCAGUGCGACAAGCUCGGCACGCCGUGAGCUCAUCCAGAUGAUUAUUGUGAAUGAGUCUGACACAAUAUCCUCGGAACUGGGCACCCGCUUAUGGAAUGUUCUUGUUGGGAGCAAGUCCAACGCGUCCACUGAGAGAAAUAUCUCGUGGCAGAUUCUGAACAGCACAGCAAAGAAUCACCCUUCCAACGGCUUCAUUGCAUCAUGUUUCAAAGAUCAUAUGCAAACUCUUCCUCCCCAUUGUUUUACCACUGGGUCAUUAGACUUUGUCCGAGAAGCAAUCUCAUCUUGGUUUGAGGAGGUUCGAGAAGAAUUCGUUGCCGAGAAUCGAACUUUCGACUCCAUGGCGCUAGAACAACUCUGGCGUAUGAUCUUGACUGCCCCUCCCAACACAGUUGAUGCGCUUGCUAUCAACAUCUUGGUGGAAUCUUAUGUCAAUAGCGCACUCAUUAUGAAGAUCCCCCGCCCGAUGGCUCGGUCUAUCCACUCAGCUUUGGUCAACCGCUGCCUUGAGCAACUGAAAGGGGCUGCAUCCAAACUCAAAACUUUCAACGGCGAUGCCUCCACUGAAUCCGAUGAGGGGAUGGUCAUUGUUGCUUCAGAAGACCAAUUCCAAGAACAGGAGAUGAUAUUUGCUCGGUCUCUGGCUGUGUUACGAGAAUUCUUAAGAGCAUAUCAGACCAAACCACAAUUUGCCCCGCCUAAAUCGAGAACGACAAUCACAACUGCCCCUAUUGACAUGGAUGGCGAGUCGCUGGCAAUCAAGUACCAAGCCUUCGAUGGCAACAACAGAACCGGUAUCUUGGAUUUGAAUCUUGGGAAGUUGAACACUGUUGCGAGCUUCUUCGCGAGUCUGGAGAAGGUGACAGGCUUCAAAAACUACAAGGUGUACUGUUGUGGCGUGACUUUGGAUCCCGAAGACAUGGAUGUAACUCGAAGCCUAGAAGAGCUACAAAUCAAAGGGCUAGUUUUGGUGCAUAGACAAGGUGAUGGCGACGGCUCACCCGGUCGUUUGAGCAGUAGCAAGACCACUCUCGAGUUUGAAAUCAUGAAGCAUUUCGAGGACUUAUGGAGCUAUCUUGGCAUGCACGAGAAAGUUGCCCAGGAGAUCUACUAUUUCUUGGUAAAGUUUCCGGUCUAUGACCGGAUGCUUGAAAGCUUUGAGUCGGAUGCCACACACAGCGAGAUCUUCCCGGCUGGCCAGCCUUUCAAAUCCCUCUACGCGGUGCAUUCUCUAAAGCAAUACAUUGCUCAGUCUGCAAAAGGGACUGUCAGCGAUGUGACUCUAACGAGAGCUAUUUCUUUAAUUGUUGCCGCAGUCUCGGACCUAAACGUUCUUGACCAAUGCGGUAGUGAUGAUUUGAAGGAUGUUCUUGCCCUACACAUGAUUGACUGUUUACUGCAGUUCUUGAAAGAGCCGGUUCUCCCAACUUCUGUGGCCCCUUAUCUGGAUGAUUCGCUUCUUAAUCGUCUUCUCUCGUUCUUGUACGCCGCGAAGGAAGUCCAGGCCUCCCAAAACUCGUUGCAUCUAACCGCACGUUCAUUCGAGGCUAUUUUGGAGGCAUCCAUCCAUAACCUCGCGUUCUGGGAUCUUUUCGUCUCGCAUCUUCAUAGCAGCACGCUAUUGCAAGACCUGGUGUUGAAGCACCCUCAACAGUUCAUUAGAAAGAAUGCAACCAAGCAAAUCGUAACCAAGUCUUCGUUCAUCCCGAGUCUCGGACAGCUAUCAACGACCACAUUUGUUGCAACCUUCUGGCCUAUGGUUGCUCAACUUAUUCCACUGGCUGUUCACCUACCAUCUCAAUGUGAGGAGACAUUCUCGUUGAGUCUCACGUUGUUCAAGCGUUUUGCGGAUGUCGCCGUCAGCCAAUUGAAUCUGGAGGAGCUUGUCAAGCAGUGGGCAGGCUUACUGCUCUCACACACAUGCUUAGAGAGCGUUGGACAUCCAGAGAGCAUGGAUCCUGUAGCACAAGGGCUUAGUAUUAUGGUCUUUUAUGCUACAUCGUUCACCAAGGCUUCCCAAAAGACUCUUUCUUGCAGUACUUUGGGAACACAACUGUUCCGUCAACACCUGUUUCCAGAGCUCUCCAUUGAAGAGGAGAAUCAUGAAUUGGUCGCUAGAAUUCCCCUGUUGAACCCUUCAACCAGACGUACCCUCGCCGAGACCGUUUACUUUCUAGUAAAGGAUGAUGAGGUUCAGUAUAAGGCUCUUUUACUAGAGCUUUCACGCCUUGUACCUCAUGUUGACACUGAUGAUGGGCCAUAUAUCUACGACCUUACCUGGCAAUUCGACCGAAGCAAAUCAAUCAGAUCUCCUACCGGAUAUGUUGGCUUGAGGAAUCUUUCAAAUACCUGCUACCUGAACUCUCUCUUGACUCAACUUUUCAUGAACAUCCCUUUUCGAAAGUUUAUGCUUGGUGCUCUUGUUGCUGAUGGCGGCUCGGCCCAAAGACUAUUGUCCGAAACCCAGAACCUUUUCAGCUAUAUGCAGAACAGCCUCCGGAAGUUUGUGGAUCCGGCCAACCUCGCAAGUUCCAUUCGUACUUAUGAAGAAACUCCAAUCGAUGUCUCGAUCCAGAUGGAUGUUGACGAGUUCUACAAUCUUCUCUUCGAUCGCUGGGAGAGUCAAAUUCUGGCGCCAGAUGCAAAGCGAGAGUUCCGAUCCUUCUACGGCGGCCAGCUUGUGCAGCAAGUCAAGUCGAAGGAGUGUCCACACAUUUCGGAACGCCUCGAGCCAUUCUCGGCUAUUCAGUGCGACAUCAAGGGCAAAAGCACACUUGAGGAAAGUCUGCAAGCUUAUGUGGAUGGUGAAGUUAUGGAAGGCGACAACAAGUACAAAUGCUCGACAUGUGACCGCCAUGUUGACGCGGUCAAGAGAGCAUGUCUGAAAGACAUUCCCGACAAUCUCAUCUUUCAUUUGAAGAGAUUUGACUUCAACCUACGUACUCUCAUGCGAAGCAAGAUUAACGAUUACUUCAAGUUUCCCAAGAGCAUCGAUAUGCGACCAUACAAGGUGGAGCACUUGAACAACGAACCUGACACGCCUGAAGAUAUGUUCGAGCUUGUUGGAGUUCUGGUGCACUCGGGAACGGCCGAGUCAGGCCACUAUUAUUCUUUCGUCCGGGAACGACCUUCAACAGGAAAUCUUGAAAGUUGGGUGGAAUUUAAUGACGAGUGUGUCAGCUCUUGGGAUCUAAACCGUAUGGAAGGUGCAUGUUAUGGAGGUCCAGACUACCAUGGUCCAAUCGAUAACAACAACUCCCCAUACGACAAGAGCUGGAGUGCAUACAUGCUCUUUUAUCAGCGAUCUUCGGUACUUGCAGAACAGAAGCAAGCGAUGGAAGGUUCGGGACUGAUGAGUCCUGUCCGUCUGACUGUUCCUUUGCGUCUUUCCAACCAUAUCGCGAUGGAGAACGAAUUGUUGAUGCGCAAGUAUUGCCUUUUCGAUCCUUCACACGCAGCUUUCGUAUCAAAAAUGCUCUCGAAUAUUAAGAACAUCAACGGUGGCACAUGUUCUACCUCACAUACAGUUGAGAAGCUGGCUCUAACUGCUUCGCUACACCAUUUGGAUCAAGUUUUCGCCCGAACCAAGGACACCCCAGACUUUCCAAAUUUCAUGAUAUCUGUGAAGCACAUCUGUCAAAGCUGCGCGGAAUGUAGUCGGGACUACCUAGAAUGGUUCAUCGAUUCUCCAGAUACUCUGAAGCAGCUCCUUGUCAAGAACCCUGAUGGUCUUAUCCGCCAUGAGAUUGCAAUGUCAAUACUCGCCGCCUUGGCCAAAGUAAAAGCCGAUGCAUCCUAUGCAUAUGGUUUUGGCGACGAUGAGGAUAGUACGGACGAUCUGGAUGGUGGUGAUCCACAGUUGAUUCAGCGAAUUGUUAAGGGUCUCACCAGACUGUGGGAUAUCUUCCACACCAACUGUCGUGCUUGGCCAGAAUACUUUGGAUUGCUAGCAAGCAUCGCACAGAUGGGCAAGCUCGAGGCAGCUCUAUUGCUCGAUGCUGGAUACCUUCGAAAGACGUUGGAGAUCAUUUCCGCAGAUCCUCUCCUUCCUAUUGGACCACAAUACGCACGAAUGCUGAACAUUCUUUCAAAGCGCCUUGCCAACAGACCAGUGUCUUUUGACGCUGUGAUCACGCUCAUGUACAAGCUCUUGAUGACAUGCGAUCCAUCAGUGAUGCCAGUCGAAGAUUUAGAGGAACGUCUUGAGCUGGCAAUGAGUAAUGUCAGCAUCCCUCACAGCGAGACCGAGCGACAUCUUUUGAUGCAACACUGGACGAGAAAUGACGCCCACAUCCUGGUAGAGAAGCUUCUUCUCCUUCGCCAGAAUCCGGAAGCCACUCAACAGAUCCUAGUUCGGCUUCUGAAAUGGCCUGAUGCACUUGAUUACAACAUCUACCAAGCAAUCACCCACGGCAUCAGAAAAGGAAGUUCUACAAUGCAGUGCACCCCAUUCCUUCGAGCCGCGACAGUCUAUUGCGAGUCGUCGAAAGAUCCAAAAGCGUGGAAGCAAAUGGUUGCCUACGUUGCUGACAUAGCAACCAAGCUCGACAAUGGUGAAGGCGGCGCCAUUCUACAAUUCUUCAAGGAAGCCUUUGACCCUCCCUCGUCUGUUGAGGACAUGCCGGCUGAUGAAUUCUUGACAUUCUACUUCGAUCAACUUCUCAUCUGGGCCCCACAUCUACUCACAGAUUAUGACAGCUCUGUGCGGACCGAUACCGAGGAUUUCAUCCAGAAGCACCUUCUCCAGGAUGGACCUGAGUAUAACUUUGGAUCAGAAGAAGAGGAUAUUGAGAAGGCCAAAAUCUUCAUCGCGGCUUCCCGAAGUUUGGGACAGGCAUGCCUUGACCAUUGUCAUGAUGUCUACCUUCGACAACGGCAACAGGCUGUACGUGCCGUGUUGAUCAAUAUCAUCAACGUAAUCGAAGCUUGCCAUGGAUUCUUCGACUUCAAAGAAAAAGACCCCGACACUCGUAGAUACUACGAUAUGACCAAUCAUACCCUUCCUACCCUGAGAAAAUGUAUGGUAGAUGAAGCAGACGAGGAAGUGUCAGACUGGGACGGUUCCGAAGGCGAGUACGACGACUCUUCAGAGCCCAUCGGUACUCUGAACGACGAUGAAAUGCCCCUAUGA